GAUUUAUGAUGUAGAGCCUUGCGGAUGAAGUCUUGUUCGACAAGUUGUUAACAGAAUGAUCGAAGAUGAAACAUUGCUAUUUUUGGAUUAGUUUCUACUUGGUGCCACAAUUUUGCGUGACUUCCUCUCCAAUUGCUUCGAGUACACUGACAUCUACUUCAAUUUUGGGACUCCGUCAAGGCACAAGAUUGCGGGAAACUGGCAACAGCCACCAUAACCACGAGGCUGGCAAUGAAGGGCUCUCAAGUGGGCGAGAUGCCAUCAGUAUCGAAGAUCAAGUCAUUCGUGACAAAGGCAAAAGUGAACGGAUUCUGAAUUCAAAUCAGACGGAAGGCACAGAAGUUUAUUUUGGGAGCUUUUCAUCUCAUGCAACCGUGACCGAAUCGGUUGAAACACAGCACCAGCAAGGAAAUGGAACCUGGAUCUCAUUUAAUGCCACUGAUAAGGCCCAAGCCAAACGGAGUCCUCUUGAGCUCACACAAGGCCCCCCUGAUAUUGAGGAUAGGGUCAUAAGCGAUAACGAGCAAGCCUCUUUUGAAAAAGUGGAACAAGAGGAAGGACCGAAGACUCAAAGCAGAAUCAAAUCAAGGCCAAAAACUCAUAGAAGACACGACCACUCUCGAGCUGCUCGACACAAUUUUCGCUCAAGGAAAGCGUCCUCAAGGCCACAGGAACUUCAGUCCCAAAGGACGGCCUUUGAAUCGAUGUUGAAGAACAGUGUUCUGGGCAAUGACCGUUUCGUGGAUCUGGAACGGAACUCCCGCCUUGUUGGCGAACAUUUCCUGAUUGAAGAAGAUUCUGGGGGUCCUUCGAUUUUAAAGUUCUCUUUAGCCAACCCCCAGGACCUCACCCAAUGUAUAUACCGAGCUAAGCUGGAAUCGGAUCCAAAUUCAAGAGUAUCAUUAACUGGAUGCUCGGCAGAUUCAUUAGAUGCUCUGGUGGUCUCCCGACAAUUUGGAACCCAUCAAGUGGAUCCUCUUACCGGUCAAAGGAUAGCAUUCCAAGGAGCCAUGAUGCAGUUUGGAUCAUUGAAGACACACUCUCAUUCGUUCAAGAUGAAGAAUGAUGAGGUUUCACCUCCCGGACAAUACUUUUUUGGAAAGCCAAAUACAACGAUGAAAUGGGACGAAGCCACCUCAGACGAGGAUGAAUUUUCGUUCAAUAAUAAGAUGCGUGGAUACAGGACAGCCAUUGGAGGAGCAAACGAUCUCGUCCUCAAUGAUUUGUCCCCGGUCAACCUGGGUCUUGAUAAAAUCUUGCUCUUUCUGUCUCCCAGACCUUUGCCAGAGACGAAAAAGGUUCUCUUCGGCAUAGCUUUGAAAAGAGGUCAUAGCAAAGGAGUUCGAAGGAUGUUUUCCUUGGUCAAAAGAACCCAAAACUUGGGUUCGGCGUACCGAGCUGUCAAGAAGGCUUAUCGUGAUAGCAAAAGACAUGACAAUACGAAGAAAACGCCUCUCUCUUGGAGAUCCAAAGACAAAAGCUCUUCAUUGAAGACCCCUCUUCCAGAUCAGAAAGAAGAAACGAGGACAAUUGAGCUUCAGCUCUUCACCGAUAUGGCCUUUUACGAGCAGAUGAAGGCUGAGCAUCCGAGCCUAACCCAAGGUCAAGAUCUGAAUACCAAGAUUGUAGAAGAUCUUCUCGUCAUUGUGGAUGGUACCGAGGCAUUGUUACAGCAUCCAUCUCUUGGAGUCUCGUUCAACAUCAGGCUCACCAAAGUACGGAUCCUAAGUGGAAAUGGGCCCUCGCCAAAGGGUGAGAUCCUCUUAGAUCUUUUGGCCGAGUUCCAGAAAUAUCUCGAAGGCUCGCACAUAUCUGGGACAACAUCCGACCAUGAUCCAUUAUACGCGGAUAUCAAUAUCAUGUUGACAGGCCGAGACUACCAAAGCAAUGCUGGUUAUGCCUAUACGAACACAAUGUGUACUUUCUCGGAGUAUUGCGUAGCAGUUUUGAAAUACUUUUGGACCAAGGAUCAUGAAGGCACCAAACAGGGCACCUUAAGGAGAGCCAUGUCUAAUUUGAUGGCACAUGAGAUUGCUCACACAUUGGGUGUCUCUCAUGAUGGAGAGGACAAUGAAUGUAGUUCAGACCCAACUACAAACCAUAUCAUGACCCCGAUCGUGGCCACUACGGCGGAAAUAUGGUCCAAAUGCACGCGGGACUCAGUCUUAAAGUUCGUGAGGGAAAAUAACGACUUCUGUUUGUUUCAAUGAAUGGUCUUGUAAUAAAAAUGACACGUUGAUGCGGCA